CAGAUCGUCCCAGACGACAAUUCGUGUCUCUUCUCUUCUGUCGCUUUGAUUUUCGAGCAAUCUAUUGACAAAGCAUCCCAGAUGCGUAAGAUUGUCGCGGAAGGCAUACAGAGAGAUCCAGAAACCUACAAUGAAGCCAUCCUUGGGAUGCCUCCCUCACGGUACAUUGCCACCAUCACCAAACCUACCUCAUGGGGAGGUGCGAUCGAACUGGGCAUCCUCGCCGCACAUUACUCCACCGAAAUCGCAAGCAUUGACGUUGAGACUGGUCGCAUUGACCGAUUCUCGCCUGGUGCAAAUCCAGGAAAGACGCGCUGUUUAUUGAUUUACUCUGGCAUCCACUACGACGCUGCAUCGCUUGCGCCCAUGCCUGACGCCCCCAAUGAGUGGCACCAGACUUUAUUUCCAAUCGUAUGUUAUCCCAUUCUUGUCGCGGCAAAGAAACUGGCCGAUAUUCUCCGCGAGAAGAAAGCAUUCACAAAUACCUCGACGUUUGACCUGAAAUGCGAAGAUUGUGGUCAAGGCCUCAAAGGCGAGAAAGGGGCUCGGGCGCACGCAGAACAGACUGGGCAUGUCCGGUUUGGAGAAUAUUAG